AUGGCACACUGCGCGCGGCCAUCACGUGAAGAUGGUCCUACUCAUGGAACAGCUGCCUGCCAGUUAAAGUCCUUCAAAAUUGAAGAAUUUGACCGUCGCCGUCCAUUUGAUCAGUGCUUGCGUUCAUGUGUGACGGCUGCCCGCCGCCUUGCUGUGGAAAUAGGAGGAAAACUAUCCUCAGCCCUAGCCCUUGUUUCAGGACAACAUCAGCGAGAUAAGUACAACUGA